AUGCCGUUUCAGAUUUCAGGACUUAUUGGAACGAGGUUUUCCAGUUCUACAUUCUCGUUUAGUUCAAUUCUUAAAGAUAGAUCUCCACUAGGUUCUCGUUCCAUUUUUGGGUUGAAGAACAACCUGCCUUCUUUUGGGUUUGGUGCUUCUGGUUAUGGAAGUUCUUCCAUUUUUGGAACAUCAGGUCCACCUAUAGACAACAAAAGCGAAGAAAGUGAAUUCCUUUCUUUGCAGGAGGUCGCUGCUAAAAUAGGAGAAGAGAAUGAGCAAAUUGUUUUCACAGCCAAUUAUGUGUUGUUUGAGUUUAUUGAUGGAGCUUGGAAGGAACGCGGCAAGGGAGAACUCGAGGUCAAUUCCUCCACAACUGGGAUAGGAAAAGCUAGAUUGAUUAUGAGAGUCCGAGGAAAUUAUCAGUUGAUUUUUGAAUGCCAAUCUCUUCCCAAACAUGAAGUCGAUUAA